CUAUGCCAGUGUGCCCCAACUGUCGCAGCCUCUGUCUCGCUGAUCCCUCACUCUCACGCUGAAGUCUAAACGUCUCAACGUCGUCUCACCGUCGUAGCUCCGGCGUCGACUGCGUUCCCUCUUCCUCUGAAGGCCACGGUUGUCAGGGCUAAAAUGGAUGCUUUUAAAGCUUUCAAAGCAUGUGUUCCGGUAGCCUGGAGCCCAAAACUAUAUAUAACCCUUGUAAGGGGAAUUCCAGGCACCAGGAGACUCCACAGGCGUACUUUAGAGGCUUUAUGCCUUCGCAAAUGUAACCGUACUGUUGUGCGUCAGAACAAUCCCAGUAUCAGGGGAAUGCUCCAACAGGUGAAAAGGUUGGUCGUUGUAGAAACAGAAGAGAUGUAUAAAGCUCGUAAGCAGAAAGAGGCAAAUCAUAAGGCUUUGCGCCCGCCUUUGGUUAUAAGCCACCCCACGAGUCCUCCUGCUUCUGAAUCUGCUUAGGCCAUAGCAAUUUUCCUCACAAGUUUUGCGUUCAUAUGAAUUUCGGUACCCAAGUUAGUAAAGCAGUGGUAUAUGCAAGAAUGGGACAGGCCAUGUUAUUUUCUUCAUCUUAUUCUAUCCCUCUGUUGAAUAUGAUUGAUAUAUUGAUAAAUACUGUGAGUUGAUUGGAGGGUUAGAAAGCUGCGGUCAGAAACAAGAAGGAUAAGAACUCUCUUCAGCCAAAUUCUGUUAGUUUGUGAACUGUUCAUUGAAUAAAUGAUUUGAAACAAAUGGUGGUAAAAACUUUCAGCAAUAUAUUUUAAAACAAAUAGUAUUUAUUUUGAA